CAAGUCAUCACUCUGCUCUCUGCUGCUGCUCUGUUUCCUGGGGUGCCCUGCGGGCCCCCCAAAAAAGAAUUGGGCCAACUCUUGUAAGAAUCUGGCUCUGGAUCCUUGACCCUUCGUGGCUGUCUCUGCGCUCGAUUGCCUCCGCUCCCCCUCUCCCACCCCCUACCCCCCAUCCCCUAGUUCCUGCCCCCCCAUCUCUGUCCCCCUUUGCAGAGCUCAGGCGAUCGGCGGGAGAUGCGGGAAGCUCAGGUUCUGGGCUGGCUGCUUCCUCUUCUGCUGGGGGCCGCGCCAGGGGCGGCCUCUGGCCGGGGGGAAGCCAUCCCCGUGGUGUGGGCUCAGGAGGGGGCCCCGGCCCGGCUGCCCUGCGGCCCUGCGCACCCCCUCCAGCAGCGCAGCCUGCCGGGGAGCGUGCGGCUCACCUGGAGACACCAACCGGACAGCCCCCCGACGGCCGCCACCCCGGGGGGAUCCCCCGGCCCCCUCAGCUACACGGUGCUGAGCGUGUCCCCCGAAGGCCUGCACCUGCGCCGGCCGCCCCUGGGGCCCCGCGUGCAGCUGGCGGAGCGCGGCCUGCAGCGCGGGGACUUCUCCCUGAGGCUGUGCCCGGCCCUGCGCGCCGACGCCGGCCAGUACCGAGCCACCGUGCACCUGGGCGACCGGGCCCUCUCCUGCCACCUGCGCCUGCGCCUGGGCCAGGCCUCGAUGACGGCCAGCCCCCCGGGGUCUCUCAGGACGGCCGACCGCGUCACGCUGAAGUGCUCCUUUGAGCGCCCCGAGCCCCCGGCCUCCGUGCGGUGGUUCCGAGGCCGGGGCGGCGGCCGGGUCCCCGUGCGGGAGUCUGUCCAUCACCACAUGGUGGAGAGCUUCCUCUUCCUGCCCCAAGUCGGCCCCACGGACUCGGGCACGUGGGGCUGCGUGCUCACGUACACGGACGGCUUCCGCGUCACCGUCACGCACAACCUGGAGGUCCUGGGUCUGGAGCCCCCAGCUCCCCUGACGGUCUACGCGGCCGCGGGUUCGAGGGCGGCGCUCCCUUGCCACCUGCCCUCGGACCUGGGGAACCACACUUCCCUGGCUGCCCAGUGGGCCCCGCCCGGAGGAGGCCCAGACCUUCCGGUGGCUGGACAUCACGGCGACUUCACCCUCCAACUCCAAGCGGUCAGCGUGAACCAGGCGGGGAACUACACCUGCUGCGUCCGCGUGCCGGGCCGAUCUCUCCAGACCACCAUCACCUUGGCGGUCAUUUCAGUGACUCUCAAAUCAGGGAAGCUGCUGUGUGAGGUCACCCCGGCGUCUGGCGGAGAGAACUUCGUGUGGCGCCCCCUGGACCCCCAAUCCAAGAAGUCGUCCCCAGGACCCUGGCUGGAGGCCGGGGAGGCCGGGCCCCACUCCCAGUCCUGGCAGUGCCAGGUGUACCAGGGGGAGAGGCUUCUGGGGGCAGGGGUGCCCCUCCCGGAGUCCAGGCAAGGGGCCCGGCGUUCUGGCAAAGCUCCAGGCUCCCUUGGUGGAAGCCGUCUGGCUCUCCUUCUCGCCCUUGGUGCUCUUCUCUUGGUGACCGGAGCCUUUGGGUUUCACCACUGGAGAAGACAGUGGCGUCCAAGAAGGUUUUCGGCCUUAGAGCUUGGGACUUACCCUCCCCAGGCUCCCAGCAAGACGGAGGAGUGGGAGCUGGACAUGGAGCCGGAGAUGGAGCAAGAGCUAGAGCCACCCACAGAGCCGGAGCUGACGCAGCUCUGACACCCAAGAGCCAGGCUAAACAAUGUCCACAGCUCGGUCCAA